CAAGUAAGCCCAAUAACGAGUUUUAGGGUUAGAUAUAUCAAGAAGGAAAAAGAGAGCGACGUCAGCUUGAUAAUUCUUCAGUUCAGAUCUAAGGGAAAGAUCGCUUACCUCAAAACAACUCACUCUCCCGUUGACGUACGUCGUCGCACAGGCAGUAGGAUGAGGAGAUACAGUCCACAGUACUAUAGUCCUCCAAGGAGAGACUCGAGAGACUAUGGUGGUCGAGGAAGAAGCCCCCCUAGAAGGGGUUAUGGUGGUGGUGGUGGUGGUGGUGGAGGCGGCGGAGGUGGUGGCGGUGGCGGUGGCGGUUAUGGAAGGCGCAAAGAUCAGAAUGGAAGCCUUUUAGUCCGCAAUAUUCCUCUUGAUUGCAGACCAGAAGAGUUACGGGCACCAUUUGAGAGAUUUGGAGUUGUUAGGGAUGUCUAUAUCCCAAAGGACUAUUACACAGGGGAACCUCGAGGAUUUGCAUUUGUCCAGUUUGUAGAUUCUUAUGAGGCUUCAGAGGCUCAGUACCACAUGAAUGGGAAAAUUUUUGCUGGAAGGGAGAUAUCAGUUGUUGUUGCUGCAGAGACCAGGAAAAGGCCAGAGGAGAUGCGUCAAAGAACCAGGGUUAGCCGAGGGCCUCCAUCAAGUUAUGGCGAAAGGCGUUCCUCUUAUUAUGGGCGUUCGCGAUCUCGUUCUGUAUCCCAUUCGCGCUCUCCUCCUCGUUAUCCGUCAGGUUCUAGAGGUCGAUACCGUUCAAGGUCUCGCUCUCCUGCUCCAAAGCGCAGGGCUGACUACUCUGUUUCCCCGGGGAGAGAUGCUGAGCCCCCACGAUCACCAAGAGGUCCACCCCGGGAGCGAGAUGGUGAUAACAAUCGCAGGUCAUAUUCUCCUGGUUAUGACAGUGGUGCUGAGAAAAAUCCAACUAACGAUGGGAAAUCUGCAUAUGAAGCUGAGGAACCUCAAGGUGAGUGGGUUAGAACAUCCAUAUCACCACCUGGAUCGAGGCGUAGUCGAUAAUUGGGUCGCAGAGAGUCCAUUUGGUUGUUAAUGUUGGCCAGAUGAUCAUUCUAUAGGUUAAAACAUGUUCUUUCGUGAGAUGCAUGUUGGAAAAGUAACCUCUGGUGAGAUUUGCUAAUUGUGAUUCUGGAUGAAGACAACUAUAUCAUAUAAAUAUAUAUAGUAUGCUCUGCUCUGCGGUUGUGAGAAACUAUAGUUGUUAGUGGUAGUAGUGGCUUUGUUUGUUGUAAUGAAUGUUGAAACAUCAACUAUUUACUUGAAUGGUUUUUCAGUUAAUUAAACUUCCAACUUCGUUA